UCCAUCUAUGUUCUUUCUACUGCUUUUCUUGCCGAUCAGCUGUUCAGUGUUUACUGUCACGGAAAGUGAAAACAAGAUUAGCAAUUAGGUGAAUGUUUUCAAUAGAAUCUGGCUGUGGUUCAUUCAGAAAUUAAUAAUUAAGUUUUGGUGUAGUGAGACUUGUCGUUACAUUGUGCAGUACCCAGUACGUACAUAAUUAGAUUUUUCAUCAAUGUUCCUAAGAAGAUAGCAGAGCAAGUUUCUUACACGAAAGUUAUAUACCACACCGAAAACAAAAUUUGUUACUACUAUGAAAGCCAACAAGGAUAACAGAAUUAAGUUAAUGUUCCUAGCUAUUCAAAGAGAUCAUUUCGAUCAGUUCCGGACAUCAUUUGAAGAAUGUUCCAAAAUUUACGAUGUCAACAAUAAUCUACGCAACACUUCUGAGGAUUCUGCGGUUCAUGUUGCUGCCCAGCACGGUAGACUGUCGAUUCUGAGAUAUCUUAUCGAGGAGAAAGGAGCGUUUGUUGAUUUGAAAAAUAGUAACCGGAAAACUCCACUUCAUGAUGCCGCUCAAUUUUCUCAGUGUGAAGUGGUUGAGUAUUUGAUAGACAAAGGAGGAGACGUUAAUGCACUAAAGAAUGCCGACUGGACCCCACUCAUGCUUGCUUGCACAAAGCCUCGACUUGAUGUUGUGUCGAUUUUGAUAAAGAACGGAGCUGAUCCACUAUUUAGGAACAAGGACGGCUGGAACAGUUUUCACGUAGCAAGUAGAGAAGGCGGUGUCGAUAUGUUGCAGCUUUUAGUCUCAGAACUAACAAAUCGCACAGUGGAAAGAAUUGAUCGACUUGUUAACUCCAGCAGUAAAAAUGGACGGAGGCCAUUACAUACUGCAGCUCUAAAUGGUCGAUUCGCUGCAGUCGAAUACUUACUUACCAACAAUUUCGCUGCUGUGAACGAAGUCGACAAUUGCGGGACAACAGCACUGAUGGAUUCCGUCCGAAGUGGUUCAACCGAAAUAUUCGAUCUAUUGGUAAAAUUUGGCGCAGAAAUUACACGACGAAACAAAGCCGGAUUUAACUGCUUACAUAUAGCGGCUGAAGUUGGAUUCACAAAUGUAAUAGUGCAUCUGGUGCAACUGUAUAACUUUGAUGUAAAUGCUCUGACACUCCAUGGACAUAUGACUGCAGUUCAGAUUGCGAAAAAGGAGAAGCACGAAUCGGCUGUGAAAACUUUGGAAAUGUUGUCGGAUUCACUAACCUUAAGUCACAGAAAUAAAUGCUGCGUUGGAAUGGUCUCAAGUUGUGGACAAUAAAUUAUUUCACCUACCGAGCGAAACUACUUUCACAUUGAAAUUCGAAUUCAUUUUGUAUUGAGUCGGAGUCGCCAGAAAUAAAACUUCAAUGCUACAAAGA